AUGGCAGAACCUGAAGAGGAGUACCUGGAGGAGAACCCCAAGGAUGAUCCAGAUGCCGCUAUACCUGCUGUCACACAUGUUGCUGCACCUGCCACCGCACCCGCCUAUGUUCCAACUGGGAACGUAGACUUGGGCAGAGAUAGACCGAUCCACAAGCUAGUGGAGCAAUUUUUGAAACUAAACCCACCAAGGUUUACGGGUACUGGAGACCCUGAGAUCGCCUCACUAUGGAUUCAAGACCUGGAGAAAACCUUUGCACUCCUGAUGUGCACUGAGACGAAGAAGGUAACCCUGGCAAUAUAUCAGUUGCAGGGCAAUGCCAACACUUGGUGGAGAGCCGUCAGAGAAUCAAUAUUUCCGAAAGCAGUUGUUCCAUUGUGGGAUACAUUCCUUAGGGUGUUCAACGAGCAAUAUUUCUCAAGGAGUGCCAGAGAACAGAAAUUAGAAGAGUUUUAG